AUGUUCUACGUUAUGUACCUGACAGGCCUAUGCCAAAGGCGCCACUGGCCCGACCCACUUUUCCAAACCUACCGAACACGCUAUGGAUAUGGGUCAACCGUCAGAGUGAACAACCGAGAGUACUCGACUGACGUGGAGUACGAGAGCGAAGAGCUAGCCAAGAACGCCGCCGCCACUCGAGCCUACAUGAUCUGCCGCAACUUUUCGGUAAACGAUGGAAUGUACCCAGGACAACGGCCCGGCCAGGGUGCCCAGGGACUGCCGACACCGAUAGGAGCAGGCCGACGGAACACUUCCUCAUCCAACGAUUACGACAGCUCCAGUGCCUGGAACGACGACCUCGAAUGCCACCUGGAAACGGUCUCACUCGACGACAAUCCAAGGUUUUACGCCAUCUCAUAUGUCUGGGGUGAUCCAAAUAUUACAUUGCCGAUCACUAUUGAUGGCGAGCCGCUGGCUAUUACACGAAACUUACGCAACGGGCUCCAGCGACUGCGCAAGACGGAUGAAACUUUGAUCAUCUACGCAGAUGCAGCGUGCAUCAACCAGUCGGAUGUAAACGAGCGAUCUGAACAGGUUCGACUCAUGGGCGAGAUAUAUAGUUCUGCGGAGGAAGUUUUCAUCUGGCUGGGUUACGGACGCGAGCCACAAGCUCCUUUGCAACGACCGAAUGUUGUUCAUUUCACCGGAGACGACAGCGACAUGGAGAUUGUUGAUGCCUACUUCGAGCGAACCCAGUCUGUGAGCCAAUAUAACGACGAAGACACAGAGACAGAAGACGUACUCGGACUCUUCGUGUACUUGGUAAUCCGUGCUAUGGACAAGCACUUGUAUGAGAUACCGUUCUUUACCCUGAGGGAGAAUAGACUACGUGCCAAGCAAGCAUGGGCUGCAGUCAUUCGAGCUGCAAAGACGUUGCAAUUUAACCCUUGGUGGACGAGAAUUUGGGUUAUUCAGGAGACUGUUCUCGCUCGCCACGCGAAUGUGGUUUAUUGCAAUAUUACUAUCCCGUGGACAGUAAUCACGAAUUCAGUCGACUACAGUUUUGCACAUCACAGCCAAUGCUGCAAGGUCACACGGUUGUCGCUACCAUUCCGCCAGAGGGUCAUUAUGAUUUCACUAGAGAUCGCCAUCAACAACGGUGUGGGAUUUUUGAAGAAAAUCAGACAGCAAGGGAAGAAGUUGAGUUUAGUUGUAAUCAUGCGUCGAACAAGUACGUUUGUUGCGACAGAUGUCAGAGAUAAAGUGUUUGCCAUACUUGGGCUAGUAACGGAUUGGCAGGGAAAUCCUCCCACUGUUCCCGACUAUAAUCUAUCACCCAAAGAAGUCUUCAUCCAGGCGACCAUCAGGGAUAUUCAAGGUGCCAGUUCAAUGAAAGCCCUGAUAGGUAUGAGUAUGCCUCCAACCCUCGGAGUACCUUCUUGGGUUCUCGAGACGAGCCCUAUGUCCCAGCUCGACACAUCUACAGCGCAUCAUAGGUUCCUUCAGUCAACCAUGUACAGUGCGGCAGGCGAUACCAAGGCCAAAAUUGUGAGAGAAGACGACAUCCUUUUGAUAGAUGCUUUUGAGCCAUCACAUGCAGUUUCUCAAGUAGGACCAUUAGUGUUUGAUGGCCCGAGGUCUUGGCAAGCUGUUAUCAAUGCCAUAAACGCAUGCCAGCAAAUGGUCGAAGUUGACCAACAAACACGACUCCUGUAUCCUGAAAAGAAGAGAAGAGAAGAGGUAUUCUGGAGAACGACUACCGGCGAUUGCUGUGUAUUGCACCUAUCCAACGAUACUGUAACAGGGGAAGAGAAAGCUUACGGAGGAACCUUACGGAGAUUUGGGGAUGUAGAUGUUGCUGCCUUGGCGGCGGGAUUUUUGGGUUAUAUUGAGUCCGAAGUGGUAGGCAGCAAAAUGGAAAGCACCAAAUGCAACGAUCAUUUCGACCGUAUCGACGCCUUUAAAACUUCUUGGGUCCACGAAAGCUGGCAUAGAAGAUUCUUUAUCACACAAGAUGGCCAUAUGGGACUGGGUCCACCGCAGAUGCUUCCCGGUGAAAAGAUAGCGAUAUUAUUAGGAGGAAGCGUACCGUUCUGCCUCCGAACUGUCCCGGAUGCGCCCAAAGGCCACUACACACUCGUCGGAGACACAUAUGUGCACGACUUAAUGGAUGGAGAAGGCGUUCCGCCGAAUCGGGACGACCACGUCGUCAAGAUUCACCUGCAUUGA